CGCGCUGUUAGGACCCAAAGCCAAAUGAGCAAGUGAAGGUGUGCUGAGCAACAGUGAAACUGUUUUAAACAUUAACAAGCAUCUUCACGAGUUCAUGUAAUAAUGAUCAAGUCGUUACUAAAAGGCAAAUAAUAGUGAGAUAAUAUCGACGGGAUUCACGUAAUAUGGCUACUACUGAGAAUGCAGAGGUUUCAACAGAACAUAAAGUGAAUCGGUCUGACCCAGAUGCGAAGUACCCACUGAAGGUGCUCUACUGUGGAGUGUGCUCCUUGCCAGCGGAGUAUUGCGAGUACAUGCCUGAGCCAGCCAAAUGCAAACAGUGGCUUGAGAAAAACUUUCCUGACGUGUUCGCUAAACUGACUUUUGGUACAGCACACAAGCAGGAGACAGGAGGAGGAGGUGGUGCUGGAGAGGUGACCCCUGCAGGAGAGGAAGAGGAGAAGAAGAAACAGAAAAGAGGAGGAAGAGGUCAAAUCAAACAAAAAAAGAAGACUGUCCCUCAGAAAGCCACAAUAGCAAAAAUCCCCAGGGCUAAAAAGAAAUACGUCACCAGGGUGUGUGGCUUGGCCACUUUCGACAUAGAUCUUAAAGAGGCUCAAAGGUUCUUUGCUCAGAAAUUCUCCUGCGGUGUCUCGGUAACAGCAGAGGAUGAAAUCAUCAUUCAGGGAGACUUUACAGACGACAUCAUCGAAGUCAUUCAGGAGAAGUGGCCUGAGGUGGAUGACGACAGCAUUGAUGAUCUUGGAGAGGUCAAAAAGUGAAGCCCAAUAUGCACUUUUACCGAAACGGAUGCGACACAACACCGCGAACCUGGCCAAAUGUAAACAUUUGACAUAAAGCCCUUUUAUAUCUAUUUUAUUUACUGUAUAAAGUUCCGUGGACUUGGCUUCAUUGGGUUUUUCAGUUUUCAUUAGCUGCUUUGUCUCUUGGUUGCCAAAGGUCAUGAAUGAUGUGACAAACCAUUUCACACACGCAAACAAUAGACUAAUAAAUUUCAGUCUCACUCGGC